AUGUCUUCCAAACAAGGAAAUAGUGAAAAUACUCAAGACCCAGACGAAUUUCUAUUUGAAGAUGGCUACCCUAUAACACAAACUUCUCCUUUUCAAAACUUUAUUGAUUACUGCAAACCUGCAGAAUUAGCCCAGAAACGCAAAAAAUUCAAUAAGCGUCCAGUUUAUCUCAAAAAUACUUUAUUCCACCCAGACCACUGCAAAAAACUACGAAAGCGGGAGUUAUCUGACAAGUUAUCAGCAUUUGACGAUUUCAAAAAAGCUGGCAACAAAUUUUACCACACAAAAGACUAUGAAAAAGCUCUAGAAUGCUACGAGUAUGCUUAUGGGCUCUUCAAAUAUCUAGAAUUUAAGAUUGAAGACGAAUUAAAGCUGAAAACAAUUACAGAUGAUUCUCUUACUUAUUUUUUCCCUAAAGAAAUCAAUGAAAUAAAGCUUUUUAAGUCUCCAAUUGUUACUAUUUUGGUUAAUUUAGCUGCAGCAAUGGUGCCACUAAGGCAUUUCAAUGAAGCUAUAGCUGCUAUAACUGAAGCACUAGAAUAUGACUCAGAUAAUGUGUCUUUGUAUGCUAAAAGAAGCCAAAUACGAUAUCAUGAUUUAUCAGCGAAUGAAAAAGAAUUAAAAUUGGCAAUAGAGGAUGCUAAAAUGUAUGCGCAGAUGUCAGGGGUCAAAUGAAGUUUAAUUGGUAAACUGGAAGCGAAAUUCAAUGAAUAUAAGUCUGAAGAGCUCACAUUGGUAAAAGAAAUUACAACUUCGUUAGUUAGGCAUGGUAUUGGCGACUCAGAAGAAUUGUCUAAUGAAGUUGAAUUUGAGCAAAAAGUCGUAAACAAAAUGGUCGAAAAAUAUGAAGAAAUCUUACGAUUUUAUCAAGAAGGGAAUAAAUAUUUACAAAGAUCCAGAGUCAGAAAAGAGAUGGGAGAAGUUCAACCAAUUUUUUUUAAAAUGAAAAGAAUUUUAGAUUUAACAGUUGAAAACGAGACACUUAAGCAUGAACUGAUAGAGUCAGGAUUUGACCCUCAAGAUAAAAAAGUUAUAUGCUCAGUAGAGUCCAUCAAGAAAUUCAAAAUAUCGAUGACCUUUAGUGGAGGCAAAUUGAAUGACCAGUUAUUAAAUUGAUGCAUAGAUAAAUGUAGCGAAGAAGAAAAGCUGAAAAGAAACGCUGAAGUUGAUGUAAAACCUAAAAAAAGAUGGAGUUGAAAGUACUUAAUUAUCGGAGCUGCUAUAACUGCUGUAGUAGGUUGGGGGAUAACAAUAUAUUUUAAACUAUAA